AUGAUCCGCGAUAUGGACUACGUCUACGCCCCGAUAAGUGCUAGCAGAUGUGGGUGGGUCCUCAAGAGCUUCAACCGGAAGCAGGGUCUUUAUGCGGAAGUAUGUGGUGUACCGGUGGAUGACACGUGGGAGAAAUGUCAACAUCUGGCACCGCCGUCUGAAGCGGCUACAGUAAAUCGUCUUCGCUCCUUCGGUUACAUUACAAAGAGACUAGCAGAACGUCUUGUUCAACGUGUUCUUAGGAGUUUCCUAACCGACUCGUUGCACGACCCGAAGUGGAGUCGGAAUGGAAGGCUCUAUGAACACGUUCCGAAAGCAAAGACCGUAAUUGAGGUUCUAAUGGUGACGAUUAUCGACGUGGGUGAUAACAACCAAUUAAUCCGGUGCGUUCUCGAGUAUCGAUUGAGAUGGAGCGAUCCACGACUAGCUUGGAACCCCUAUAUUGCGGAAAAUGCCAUGGAAACGAACCCUGUUGCUGCGCCGGACACCUUCACUGAUAAUGUGGUAAUCAGCUCCAAUGGAGACAUUCUUCGCGUGUUCACACUUUCGACACUUCUCACCUCCACUAUUCAAGCCGGCAAAUUCCCCUUCGAUAUACAACAUUGUUCACUGGAUUUCGCCGAAUACCUUAUGGAUCCAUCAGAAACCAAUUUAUUCAUGCAUGUACCAGAAGACGCCAUUUUCAAAGGCAAUGGUGAAUGGUGCAUCAAAAACAUUACGAGCUCCAUGAAACUGAUUGAUUAUGGCGUAGAGCCAUACCAUACCGUUUCAUUGAAGUUCGAUAUGCAACGGCUAUCACCGUACUACCUUACCCUUAUGUACCCAUUCAAAUUAUCACCAAUUUUUCCGUGUUCGCAUUGUUUUGGAUUCCCCAUGCUGGGUUAA